UGUCUACUAAUCAAGGUAAUUUUUUAGAAACAUGUAAAUUAAUAGCUAAACAUAACACAGACUUUUUCAAAAAAUAUGAAACACCUAUUAAUUAUACAAGUUGGGCAAUUCAAAAUCAAAUUGUUCAACUAUGCGCAGAUAAUGUAAUUUCAACUAUAAGCACUGAUAUAAAGAAAUGUGGUUUUUUUUCUAUAAUGUGUGAUGAAGCCAGAAGUUUUAAAGAAGAACAAAUGGCAUUGUGUGUUCGAUAUACCAAUCAUUUUCAAAUCUUUGAACGUUUUUUGGGUUUCAUCAAUGUUUCUGAAAAUCAAAAUUCAGAAUCGUUGACAUCAGCAAUUGUUUGUUUUCUCGGAAAAUAUAACUUAAUUGAUGUUCCCAUAAUUGCUCAAUCAUAUGACGGAGCAAGUGUUAUGUCUGGGAAACAUGGUGGUGUUCAAAAAAAAAUUCAAGAAAAGUAUCCAUAUGCAAUCUACACACAUUGUAUGGCACACAGGACAAAUUUAGUUGUAAUAGAUAUGUGCAAGUCAGUUAAUGAAGCUAAAAGUCUAUUUAAUACUUUAGAGGCAGUAUAUGUACAUUUUGCUAUGCCUACUACCAAUUAUAAAUUUCUAGAAAUUAAAAAUAAACUCAAGAUUAAGAACAAAAGUAUAACUCGAAUAAGUGACACACGUUGGUCUUGUCGUUAUCAUAAUUGUAAAGUAAUUAUGGAAAAUUAUCCUGCUCUAAUUGAAGUUCUUAAUGAAGAAAUUGAAGAUAACAAUGAUAGAGAUGUGGCACAAGCUAAAGGAAUUUUAUCAUUACUUCAGGAACCAGGAUUUGUGGUUCAUCUAUUUGUUUUGUAUGAAAUUUUACUUGUUGUAAACAUUCUGAGUAAUAGAUUACAAGAAAAAACCGCCACUCUAGGACAAGCAGCUCAAAUAAUUCAUUCUGUUAUACAAAGUCUAAAAGAUUAUCGAAAUGAUGAUAAAUUUUUGGUUAUUUGGAAUCAAAUAAAUGAAUUUGCCAAAAAGCAUCAAGUUUCGAUUGAGAAACCUACAAUUGGUCUUGGGUCGAAAAGAAGAAGAGUUGAAAGUACACGUUUGUCAAAUUUUUAUGUAACUUCUACAACUAGUGCUCAACAAGAAGUUUCUGCUCAAGUAACAAAUGAAGCAUUUUGGCGAAUCAAAUAUUAUGCUGUGCUUGAUUCUGUUAUUGAAAAUCUUAUUCGUCGUUUUUCUGAUCAAAGUUUAGAGCUUGCUCAGUCCGUCGACAAUUUUUUUCUGCUUGAUUUUAAAGAAAGCAAAUUAUUCAUUAACCAUUAUAAAGAUCUGUUUCAAAUUGAUACUGAUACAUUAAUGGCGGAAAUGACUGUUGCAAAAAAUGCUUUUCAAACUGUGUAUCAAGAUCAGGUAUUAGGUGAUCCAGAGCAAAUGAAAAGUAUCAUAAAUGAAGCUACUUUUCCAAAUCUAUACAAACUCCUUGGUGUUGCAUAUACUUUGCCAAUAAGUAGUGCAACUUGUGAAAGGUCAUUUUCUGCGAUGAGGCGAGUCAAAACAUGGUUACGGUCUACUAUGAUACAAGAACGGUUUUCAAAUUUAUCUAUCAUUCAUAUUGAGAGAGACAUAUCAAAUAAUAUUAACAGUGAAGACAUUUUAAACGAUUUUUCAAGUGCUAACAAUAGAAAAAUACCGUUAAUAUAUUAAAAUGUUACCUACUAUAAAGUUGACUUGUUUUCUUUUUUCUUACUCUCAUAUUAGA